GACAUUGAGUUUGAUGGCUGAGACUCUCCCCUGACACCCUUUUUAAUUUUGUUGUUGUAAUGGCAGAAAAUCUAAAAAGACGACCCAGGAAAGGGAUUUUAAAAAAUUCUAGUAGUUUUGACAAACAAGAUCCGCAGUUUAAUGCAAAAAAACAAAAGGAAACGAAAUGGGAUGAAAUGAAUAUAAUAGCUACGCUUCACCCAGCAGAUAAGGAUUAUGGACAUAUGAAAAUUCAAGAGCCCAAAACACCCUUUAAUUAUAUGGAACAGGAUAAUAUAGAAGAACUAGACGCCAGCGAAUUAGCUGAAAGGAUAAGGAUAGCAACUGAGCAGCCCCCCAAGGUGAUGCAACAUGAUGAUUCUGAUGAUGACUCAGAAGGUGAAUUGACAGAUGAUCAGAAAAAGAAAAAGAAAGAAUUUGAAUUGAAGAGGAAAAAGCACUAUAAUGAGUUCCAUGCACUUCAACUGGCAAAAAAGUUAUUGGAAGAGGAAGAAGAUGACGAUGAUGAAGAAAAGCAUCAUAAUAGCUCUGAUAAUCAACCUUCUUCAUCGUAAUAAGUAAUAAAUUAUUAUUACUAAAAUUUUAGUAGUAGGUUUUCCAUAUGUUGUGAUUAUAAUACAGAUUUAGAGAUGACUGCAGUCUAAAAAGUGAAUUCAGAGAUCAACUUGUUUUAAUUCCAUGUUGGUAUUAUAAAUAUAUCAACUUAUUUAUGAUUAAAAAUUAACCAUAUUUCCAAAUAUUUAAAUAGUGAACAGAUAAUUCUUUAUUUAUUCUUUAUAUAAUCUUACAUUUUUGUUUAUAUUUGGUAUCAUUUAUUUAUUUUAAAACUAUGGUGUGUGUCUGUGUCCUCUAAGCCUUGUACUUGUAUUUUCAAAAUUUUAUCUUUCUUAAACAGUAUUUGAAAACUUUGUAUAUGUAUCAUUGCUUCAGUAGUUAAACAUGAGUUAAAUUUUGUUUUUAAAAACUUUAUGGAAAUUGUAUCAAACAUUUUGUGGUUACCCUUUUCACUUUUACUGUAAAAACUCAUCACUACUGUAGCUACUUUCAAUUUGAAGUAGAGUAGUGAUCUAAUAACAUGAUUUUGUGCAGAAAUAACUAAUAUGCUAUUAAUAGUCCAAUCAAUGAGAGCAAAAAUAGGAUAUUACCUCUGAUUUCUAUUCUACUGCAUUGAUUUGGAUGAAAUUUUGGGAAUAAGCUCUAUCUCCCUCCUAUUUCAACGUCUACCCUAUUCCGAUAUAUGCUUAUUAGUUUUUAGGGAUGAAAACUACUGCUUAUUGCCAUAAUUGAAUAAAACUAGUUGUAACGUAAGUCAAAGUACUGUUUAGGCUUUAAUAGCGUUUGAUGGAAGUUAAGUAAAAGUCUUUUUAUACUUCAAGACAUUAUUUUUGAAAUGCCACAAGCAAAGUGAUCCUCGCGUUAUCAAACUAAUUUAAAGUAAGGAUAUCUCUGACAGUUUUAAUGCUACAGUAAUUAAAAAACUUUCUUGUCAAAAAACACUACAUUUUUUACUGAAUCAUGUUUUUCGUAUCUCUUAUCAUUUUCGAGUUAUAUGGAGAAAAAUGCAGAUUUUUAAGAAAAUUUAAAAAUACACUCUAUGAUUUGAUCUUAUCUUAUUCAAAAACUAUGCAUUUUAAACUAUUCUAACUUUUUGAGCCUAGAAAUAUCACUAAAACAAAAGGUAUUGUAAAAAGAAAAAGAUAUAUUUAAAUUCUGGUGUAUGCAGGGUUAAAUAUACUGCUCAUUUUUUCUUAAAAUAUAUGAGUGGUUUUUUUACACUGUAUCUCGUUUAUUUCAAAUGCAAUCAACAUUUUACAAAAAGCGUUCUCAGCAUUAUACCCAUAAUAUCGAUCAUUUUUAUGUUUUUUCAAGUUGAGUGCACCAAUUCGAGCAUUCACAAAAAAAAAGUCUUUUUCACCUGCCAUAUGUAGCUUGCAACUAGAAGAUUGCUGUAAAAACGACUCUCUUUGUUUUUUCAUAUGCUACAACAAUGUUUCUCACACUUUUUUUUGUUAGAUACAUAGUUUUUAAGCAAAAAAUUGAAGAGAGAAAAGGUAUAAUUUUUCAAUGAAAAUGGCAAAUUUUCAAUCAAGAAUAACUCAAAAAGUAUUGAGUUUAAAAAUAAUUAUUAAAAUUUUUUGUUUAGCAUUAGAUCCUCUAACAACUUGAGCAAAAAAAGUCUUCUUCCGAGAAGGUGUGGGAACCCCCACCGAGAUAAAAGCAUAUUUUGGCAUAGCGUAGACUUUGUUUCUUGAACGAUUCCCUACUUACUGUGAAAAUAUCAAGUAAAUUGAUGCAUUAGGGUGGAAUUCGGAGCAAAAUACCCUCAUUGACUGGAUGGACUAUAAAGGGACAUUUAUCUCUUGUUUUGAAAGAAAUCGCUUGCCUAUAAUUUUUUUUCUUUAGAAUUUGAAGCACUUUUUGGUCUGUGAGUUCACUGUCAAGAAUAAAUCAAAAAAUGUGUUAUUUUAUUUUUAUUUAUUGACUAUUUAAUAGCUAUUAGGAAUUGCCUUUUGUUAUUAAUACAAACUUUUCCCAAAAUAGGUUUGUCAAUCAGAAUCAGACAAAACUCGAAUCAUAUAAACUAGAGAGUUUAUAUGAUUCUUAUUUUUUAUAAUUAAUGUCGCUGUCUCCAAACCAUCUGCUUCAUUUAUAUCUUUGAACAUUGAGCUAAUUGUAUUGAGAUCCUCAUAUUGGCUACUUUAGUAUACCAUUAAAACAUCUAAAUAUUAGAAAAAUCUUGUAAAUCUAGUAACGGGAGAAAUACAUAACUUUUACAUAUUACUUUACAAUAUUGAAGUACUCACAAAGCUAUUUUGGGAGUCUGUAACCAAAUCUGGUCACAUAUUAUUGUCUUGGUCUAAUCUAAAACAUCCUAACCUACUCUGCAGAUAUGUAUUCCCAACAUACUACAAAUAUAUGUAGAAACGCCUAAUUUGAAAUACUAGGAUGUGUAGAGUUAGGUUCAGAUGUUUCUGAAUAGCGUCAAGUUAAUUAAACAAAACUUGUCUAUCAUAUAUAUUCCUGUGACUUUAUUUUAUCUACUUAAAGAUAAAAGAAGUGACUAAAAUUGAAAUGUUUUACUGAGUGAUUUUAUUUUUUCUGUAUACAAGAAAAGACCAAAUCAAAAACUUUAUUGUCUAUAUUUUUCGUAACAAUAAAUUUGUAUAUUUUGAUCAGAGUUUAUUUAGAACUGAAGAUAUCUAUUUAAAAAUCUGAUUAGUGCAUUACUAUGUACAUUAUAUGCGUUGUUAACAAGUCGUGUUAGAUAUUAAAGAUAUAUUGGAAGUAGAUAUGUUUAGUAAAUAUUAAAAAAAUAAAGGUAGUAGAUGUUUUUAACAGGGUCGUCUGAUAAAACUCAGUGGAAAGGAUGAUAUCUUAUUGUUUAUGUUGUGCGGAUGUUUAUAAAGCUUUUUCAUAUAGGAAAACAGUGAUAUUAAAGUAAAAAAUAAGUUCCUGCUGAAUAGUGCUUUAUUUUUGCACCUGUGUCUUGACUGUGUUUGCUAUCUGGCUUUUAUCAAUUUAAUUAUUUCCUCAUGCUUUUUACAGUCCUGUAAUUCUUUAUACAAGAAUACAAUUCAAGGCUAAAUCUGGACUUGUACAUUGUCAUUAACCAUGAGAGAUAAGUGUGGAUUAAUUAAAGAUAGUGCAAACACACCUGACCAUGGAGCUGUGCGAAGGUCGAGUUAAAAUUUACGUAAAGGCAGAAAGGUUCUAUUAUAAGUGGAAUUAUACAAUGCAUUAGUACAGUGCGUUUCGCAUGGAAGUGGGGACUUAACCAAAUUUCGUCUACUGCGCCAUAGUCAUUAGUGUUUGCACUAUCUCUAUCUUAAUAUUGUAAUGUUAAAAACAGGCAGCUCUGCAAAUUUGACAGUUUCCCUUCUUUUAUUUUUGACUAUGGCCUCUAAACUGCUGGUAUAUAGCCACAUUGAACUGUUUAAAACAUCUAAUGCUAAAAUUUUAUGUAGAAAAUACGCAUAGAGUUCCCCCGCGUAUAUUUUGCUCAUGGAUACCUGUGCUUCCACGAAAAACAUCUGUGCCAUGUGAAAUUUGACAAAGUUUUUACAUUUUUGAAAGUAUUUGUACAUGGGCAAUCCUGAGUUGACGAUAUUUGUUUGACAAUGUAUUGGCUGUGUUCAAAAUAAUUAUUUGUUUAUGGAAUAUCUAUAAACUGAUAUGUGAAGUGUAUACAAAAAGUUCAGUGUCUGUAGAAGAACUUUGGCAUGUAUAUAGGUGCCUACAUUUUAAUUGAUUCACAUUUGCAUAGACUUUUGUAAAUGGCAUAAGUUGAAGAUUCGAAUAUACAGUGUGAUUAUUUAAUAAUGAAUAUUCUGUUACCUGCAGAGUCUACAGUGGAAAAUGUUUAUUGCUAAAAAUAGCUGGGAUUUCAAUUUUAUACAUAACAUAAUGGUAUAUUUGAGUUACAUUUUCACAUAUAAAUGUAAAAGAAAAGAUAAAAAGAAAAAAGUUACAGUUACUUCAACCACAGAAAAAAUCUUUUGAUUUUAGUAAAGUUAUAUUCAUGUUGUGACAAACAAUAUUUCGAAUUAGAAAAUGUAAAACUUAAUAAUUCACAGUUAAAUUUGCCGAAAGUACAAGCUGAAUAUAGUCGCAAAUGUCAACCAUGAAAUAAAAUAUUUCUGUUUGGCAGUAUUGGGAUGAAAUAUAAAGAGAGAAAGCUUUUAAAAAGUACAUUUUGAUUAUACUAUUUGAUGAAUUCUGCAAUUUUUAAUUUACAUGAAACAAUAACGAGUAACUAUUUGUCUCUUUCGAGAUUAAUUGCAUACAUCUGUUCAAGGUUAUUAAAAAAAGACAGGUUGUCUGGUAACUUUACACCAAUCAGCGUCGAGAAUCUAACGGCGGGAAUGACGUCACUGAGAAUGCUACAUUCAAAUUCAUUCACACUUUACUCCUUGAUAUGAACUCGAUAAUCAGCAAUGAUUGUAAAUAUAUUAAUCUCUGUAUAUUGAAAAAAAAAAUACAUUUGGACUUUUAAUAACUAUUUAUUUCAUUCAAUCUUUAAAAACGUGGGAGAUAAGUACCUGCAGAGUUACAGAAAUCAUAAAAGAUUAUUGCAGCUAAACAUAUGACUGUAGUAGAAUAGCAUUACUAUAUUAAAUUGGAAGUAGAUUCUUUUUGGUGUAUACAUGUAACUAAAACAUGUUAAUAUACUAUAUUAAUAAUGGGUUGAAUACAAUUUACUUUUUUUAAAUUAUUUUGAAUUGAGGAUAAUGCAUGUAGUGGAUUAUUAUAAAUUCCUCCAAACAAGUAAACCAUGCUGAAAAAGAGAUUCAACUAAAGAUUUAUAUAUCAGAAUUAGUAGUUUUUCCCUUAACUUCAAUAUAUUUAAGCAACAUCUGAUUACAUUACUGGAUUAUAUAAUAGAAAAUAAAAAAUAUUAAAACAUGAUUCCAUUAAAUAGAUACCUUUUAAGUUGUACAUAAUUAACAGUAAAUUAUAAAAAUCAAAAUCAGUGAAUUAACACAUUUUUACUGAACAUUUAAAUGACUAUACCUCUCACCAUCUUUUUUCAGCUGUUUAGGUUGUAUGUUUAAUAGAUUAGCUUUUAUAAAGCAUCCUCAUAAUUUUCAAUGCGAAAGUGUAUACUACAAACUUUUUUAUAAAAAAAAACGGGACCACUUGUCCUUCCUAUGACACUUGCUCAUCCAUUGCUUUUGAAUUUUUACAUUUUUUGAAAGUGUAAAAAACAUUAAAUUCCUUCCAUCCUUUUUCCACCCUUUUACUAACCUUGCAUCUGUUGCAAUAUGGCAACUGCUGAUUUGACGAUUGCCAAAUAUAUCCCCUGAUCUAUCAAAGGGCAAUUGCCAAAAAAGUUUCUAAUAGUUAACUGCAAUUAAUCUCCGAAGAAACAAAUAUUUACUCAUUAUUGAUUUGUAUAAAUCAAAAAUUGCAGAAUUCAUAAUAUAAUAUAAUCAAAAUGUACUUUUCUAAAGCUUUAUCUCUUUAUAUUUGAAGCAUACACCAUAUACAUUAUAAAAACAUGCCAACACUGUUAAACCGAAAUUUUUCGUUCCAUGUUUAACAUUUGGGGCUAUAAUCAGCUUGUACUUUCAGUAAACAUUAUAUUAAAUAAAUACCUCUCUACCAAAUUAUAGAAAUACAGAUUACGCACGAAGUUGAUUCAUCAAAAUGAACUAUAUUACCAUCUGUACUUUCUGUUUUCAAUUUUAUUGUGACACAGUGGUAGGAAACCUUCAAGUAGAAAGUUACUUCCUAAGUUAAUUUCUCAGAGUCUUAUGAAAUUUACUAAUGUGAAAAAUAUUUAUUAAAAUCUCAGAAACUGAAUUUUUUGUAUUGUAUCAAGGUGUUAAUAUUAUUUUCAGAAAGGAGCUCAUAUUGAAGUGGAUUUAAAGACAAAAAGAUUUGUAAUGAUUAUUUUAUUAAAGAUAUGAGAAUAUAUAAUAUUUUUGUGAAAUAAUAAUAUAUUAUACAUAAAGCAAAUAUAAAUAUCACCUUUUAAGAAGCAAACUAUGAAAUAUUUAUUUGCGAUUAAAACACUGUUUUCUAUUCGUGACUAUCUGAAUCUGUCUUUUGCUUAGAAGAAUUUACGGAGUUUUUAUUUAUAUUAUACCUCACUUUUUUACAAGUGGUGGUAGUAUGCAAUUGGUGCAUCUUCCGGCAGUUGUAAUGUGCCUCUAAAAGUCACCACAUAGUAGACGGUGUCAUAACACGAGGAUUUCUCAGUAGGUCAUAUCUAACACACAAUCCAUUACAGGCAUUUGAGAUAGUUUUUAUCUAUCAGUUGUACUUUGCCUUAUCUUUCUUUAUACAUAGUAAGUGCUAGGCUGGUUUCAUAUUAUUAUGGGACCCUUUUGUUUGGAAGGUCUUGAAACUUUUGAAAAGAAAAGUUUCUUUUCAGAGUGUAGGUAGUUAAAGCCGUUGUGUGAUACUGUUCGUAGAUUUCAAUGGAGUUCCACACAUACACUACAUCUGUUUGUGGCUUGUAGAUACGCAUUGGCGACUGCUGUCAAGCCUUUUAUGGAUCAAAGUCUUGCAUCAAUAAUUUUAAACCUUUCUCUCGUAUUCACUCACUCUAUCUUUGUAUUUCCUCACCUCAGCAUCGCAGUUUUUUUAACUAUUUUUCAGUGGUCAAAAAAUCGUAUAGAUGGGGACUUCGUUGUACCUCUUUCGCGAUGGCCGCGUAUAAGUAGGCAACGUAUUUAACAUACUUAUGACUAACCAACCCUUUAAUAAACCCGGUAAGAAUUUUGUACUGAUGCGUUGGUUUCCGCACAUACGGUCUAUGGUCCAAAUUAAUUUCAUUCUAUUAUGUCGGCGGCUGGUCGCUCAGACAAUGACUAAGCUUCUUUUGAACCGAUGAUUUUUAUUUAACAGCGAAAAUGGGGAAAUCCUCCCCUCCUCAACAAACUGAGCAAGACAUAUUAGCGCAGACAAGAAUGUGUAUCAAAAAAAUGAACGGGGUUGUAUGAGAUAGACCAUAAAUACAAAGAAAAAUUUGGUAAUAAACGAAACAGGUCGAAAAUUACUAAUCGCAAUUGAGUUCAUGAGAAGAAGCUGUAGAGAAACACUGAAGAAAAUCGAUUAAUUUGGUAUGGACACAUGAGAUCAUACAAGAUAGAGAUCAAAGAUUUUGGAAUGGAGGGAUGAAGUGGAUGAGGCCAUGGAAAGACGAGAAUUAUACAUCCUUUCUGAUUUUUAAUCACUUAUUUACAGGACAAUACCGUUUUUUACUGAUAAGCCUAAGACAAAAUUACAUUUGAAAAACUUUAUGAUGUUUUUUUUUACCAAAGUUGUUGCCGAUUAUUUUCCAUCAUUUGUCUUCUGCUUCUCGUCUCCAUUCCAAGUACCUACUUCUUUUAAGUCACUCAACCUUCUCUAUCCAUCUUGCUCUCGGUCUUCUUCUACUGGCCUCGUAUGUAAAGCCAUUUGUUUAUGCCCCAGCCACCUCAUUAUUUGUGUAUUGACAUAUGCCGUAAUUUCAGGCUGUUUUAUACUGCUCAUAUACUUCAUGAUUGGUUCUUCUCCGUUAUUCCCCCCCUUUUAUCCCUUUCAAAAUGCCCCUCAAUAUUUUACGUUACCAUUUUUAUAGCCGCUCCUCUUCAACAUUAUUGAGCACCGACAUCUGAUGUGCAUAUGUAGUAGUUUUUUUUUAUUUGUCAAAGUUUUUAUUUAUAUAAACCGUUAUUUUUUGUCCCUCACGAGUACGUUGGAAAUGUGGUUGGAAACCAACACAUACGAAGUUUCUUACACGAUAGUUGCGGAUAGAAACAUUAUUUUUAUGUUAGCUUGAAAUUAAAAAAUUGCUCUCUUUAAAAAGGUAAACUUGAUUGAGGUUAGUGGUACAAAUAAGUAGCCCCAAAAAUUGAGUUAGAAAUACUCAAUUUCAUUGACGUUAACAUAAUGUACAAAAAUAUCUUUUAUUUUAUAAAUGUAGACGCGCUAAAUGAAAUUUAUUGGAAAAUAUAUGCUAAAAA